AUGAGCAACCAGACCCUUCUACAGUAUCUCUCUAUUGCUCUCCCUGCAGUGCCCGUUCAACGUACUGCCCCAUCGCGGAAGACAACAAACCCUAGAUAUGACGUCUCUUGGCCCAAUUUCAAUUAUACAACUAUCGUUCAACGAUACGGAGGCAUUCUAAACUCAAAGCAAAUCGUAUCCGAUCCCUUCCCAUCCCCUCCUGCUGCUAUCAGAGAUAAACCUCAUUUUCUGUGGCGAUUCGGCGACCUGCUUCAACCCCGUGUUAGGCGUGCACUUCGAGCCGGAUUUGAGGAGCUCGCACCGCAGCUUCAACAACUAAAUCUUGUGCCCGUCUCUUUCGACACCGGGAGUUCGGCAGCAUACAUCAAGCAGUUUCGACCAGACACUGCGUUCUUCAGUCUCGGUGACACCUUUGCCAACACCAAGAACCGAGCCCCAGGAGUCUUAAAUGUCUCAUCGAGAUGGCAUUCCGAUUACCAGUAUUCGGAGGAUCCUACCCUCCAAGACGAAUAUAAGCAAGUCUUGUCGGAAGUGAACUGCCAUAUGAGCUAUCACAAUGCACGCCAUGGCUUUAUCCUUACCAACGCCGAGUUGGUUGUCGUCAGACGUCUUGACGAAAAUGGCCGGCUAGCUGUCUCUAGAUCGAUUCCCUGGGGAGCUGGGGGACCUGGUGAGCUCACUGUACUGAUGGGUCUAUGGUACCUUGGCAUGCUUGCAAGCGAAGAAGACAACUGGGCUCUAGUCUAG